UUAAAAAAAACCCGCACGCUGCCAAAAGCUGCUCACUUCCCACCGACGAGAGUGACUGACUCUGACUUCGAGAGGGUGAGAGUAAGGCGACCGAGCUGCUAUGAUGGGCGCCGCGGCGGCUGCCGCUCCGCCGGCGCAUUGCCUACUGCAGCUGCUGCUACUGGCCCUGGCCCUCGUGCCGCUUGGUGGCCAUGGGUUCCGCGUCCGUGCCGUGGGGGCAGACACGGGCGGGCUCAGCCGGGCGGCGUUCCCCAAGGGGUUCGUGUUCGGGACGGCGGCGUCCGCGUACCAGGUCGAGGGCAUGGCGGCGUCCGGCGGCCGCGGGCCCUGCAUCUGGGACCCCUUCGUCCACACCCCCGGAAAUAUUGCAGAGAAUGCGAAUGCAGAUGUUACAACAGAUGAAUAUCAUCGCUACAAGGAAGAUGUUGAUCUCAUGAAAAACCUGAAUUUUGAUGCAUAUCGGUUUUCAAUCUCCUGGUCCAGAAUCUUCCCAGAUGGCGAAGGAAGAGUUAAUGAAGAAGGUGUAGCAUAUUACAACAAUCUUAUAGACUACAUGCUUAAGCAAGGGCUUACUCCUUAUGCCAACCUUAACCACUAUGAUCUUCCACUUGCCCUCGAGAAAAAGUAUAAAGGCUGGUUAAGCCCGAAAAUUGUGGACAUAUUUGCUGACUAUGCCGAUUUCUGUUUCAAGACUUUUGGCGAUCGAGUCAAGAACUGGUUUACAUUGAAUGAGCCAAGGAUAGUAGCAUUACUUGGCUAUGAUACUGGGACAAACCCCCCUAAUCGGUGCACCAAAUGCACUGCCGGUGGGAACUCAGCAACAGAGCCUUACACUGCUGUUCAUAACAUUCUCUUAUCUCAUGCUACUGCAGUUGCAAGAUACCGCAGCAAGUACCAGGCAAGUCAGAAAGGCAAGGUCGGGAUAGUUCUAGACUUCAAUUGGUAUGAACCUCUUACCAACUCAACAGAAGACCAAGCAGCAGCACAAAGGGCCAGGGAUUUCCAUGUUGGUUGGUUUCUUGAUCCAUUAAUAAAUGGACAAUAUCCAAAGGUAAUGCAGGACAUUGUCAAAGAGCGGUUACCUAGUUUCACUCCUGAACAAGCUAAGCUAGUCAAGGGCUCCGCAGAUUAUUUCGGGAUCAAUCAAUAUACUGCUUACUACAUUUCAGACCAACAAACGCCUCAGCAAGCACCAACAAGCUAUUCGUCCGAUUGGGGUGUUUCAUACAACUUCCAACGAAAUGGCGUAACAAUUGGACAGCUGGCAAAUUCCAAUUGGCUUUACAUCGUCCCAACGGGCAUGUAUGGAGUUGUGAACUACCUAAAGGAGAAGUACAAAAAUCCGACGAUCAUUAUAUCUGAAAACGGAAUGGAUCAACCUGGAAACCUCACGCGCGAGGAGUUCCUGCACGAUACUGUAAGGGUUGAGUUCUACAAGAACUACCUCACCGAGCUGAAGAAAGGGAUCGACGAUGGCGCAAACGUGGUCGCCUAUUUCGCGUGGUCUCUCCUCGACAACUUCGAGUGGCUUUCGGGCUACACGUCCAAGUUCGGCAUCGUCUACGUCGAUUUCACGACGCUCAAGCGGUACCCCAAGGACUCGGCGUACUGGUUCAGAGACAUGCUCUCAGGCGCUGGUUCAGAAACUUCAGGCACUCAAGCUGGUUCAGAAACUUCAGGCACUCAUCCGGCUGGUUCAGCUUCAGCGGCCUCGAGUAGCCCUCCCCUGUUGCUUCCUCUGUUGGUUUCCUUGUGGUUUCUUCUUCCUUCCGUCUUCGUGGUUUCCUCCAUUUAGGAAUUAUUUUUUCUACUGGAACAGUACAUGUAGUGGACGCAAGCAGCAUGUUCGUUUUACAGACAAGUUGCAUCGAAGAGGGACCUGUAGUACGAAUCGGACUAUGAUUUAGGGCUUUUUUCCCGCCCUUCUGCGAGGAUUCAGACUUUCAGAGCCAUCUUUGUACGGACAUCAUGUUUACGGAUAAAUCGACCCUUUUCGUGUCUGCUUUGAUUGAGCUUCACGUUUUUUUUAGAAUAGAUUGAACUUCGCAUU